UCGUCUCCUCUCUCUCCUCCCCUGCUCCCCAACGCCUCCCCCGCUGUUCCUCCGAUCAGAUCGAGCAGAUCGACGCCCCCUGUGAGAAAUUUCAAGCGCCGGAACUCCAAAUCCUGCAUCAGCUCACUUCUCCUCGUGCCUCCCGCGAGUGAGUCUGUUCGUCCCUGUCGCCUCUUGGUCGGGUCCCUCCCCCGCCCGGCUCCCAUAGAUGGGAUCUUUGGUCCCUGGAGUCGGCUUGGGACUUUCGCUUUGAUGCAAUACGAUGCAGCUUACUUUUCGAGGAUCUGAUCUCUGAGGGUGCUUCCUUCGGCCCGCGUGUGCUGUCUCGGCGAGAUGGCCUCUUCGCCGGUGAAAUUCUUCGCAGUUCUUCUGGUCGUCUCUGCUGUCGGAUGGGUCAUCUUUGUAUUUGCUGCUAGAUUGCUGGCCUGGUUUUUGAGCAGGGUAUUGGGAGCAUCCGUUGGGUUGCGAGUUGCUGGAUGCAAUUGCUUAAGGGAUGUUACCAUGAAAUUCCAGAAGGGCUCUGUUGAAACAUUAUCGGUUGGUGAAAUUAAACUCAGUUUCCGUAAAUCAUUGGUCAAGCUGGGGUUUGGCUUUAUCUCUAGGGAUCCUAAAUUACAGUUGUUAAUUUGUGAUCUUGAAGUUGUAUUAAGGCCUUUGCAGCAAAGUAAAAGGGGAAAUAAGGCAAGUAAGGUGGAGAAACCUCGUUCAGCUGGAAAAGGAAAGUGGAUGCUCUUAACUAGCGUAGCGAGACUUUUAUCAAUUUCUGUUACAGAUUUCGUUAUUAAGGUACCAAAAGCUGUUAUUGAAGUAAAAGAACUGAAGGUGGACAUUUCUCGAGCACAAUCAAAUCAGAUUCUUUCUGUCAAGUUGCACCUUGUACCUCUUUUUGUUCAGCUAGGAGAUCCACACUUCAGUUUUGAUCAUACUUUGAAUUUUAGUCAAAAAGAAUGCUUGCAAGCUGAACAACCAUAUCCAUCUGUUAUGGAAAAGAAUUCUUUUCUUUGCGAGGAUUUGUCUGUUUCUUGUGAUUUUGGUCAUGACAGGGAGAAAGGCAUCAAAAUCAGUGAUCUGGACAUGGUAUGUGGUGAUGUAGCAGUGCACAUUAAUGAAGAUCUCUUUCUCAGAACAGAUAAAAAUUUGGAGACUAUUUCUGACACCACUGCAACUGAAGGGGCUAGAUUGGAUAUAUUAUCUAAAACAUCAGAGAAAAACAAGUCCUCCCUAUCCAUAAAGAAGCAUAUUUUUGCAUUUCCAGAAAAGGUUAGCUUCAGUAUGCCAAAACUUGAUGUGAAGUAUAUGUACGGAGGCAAAGAUCUUAUGAUUGAGAACAAUGUCAGGGGCAUCCAUCUCACAAGUAGUAAAUCACAGCUAAAUGAGGACUCAGGGGAGACAUCACAUUUUGAUGCUCAAUUAGUUCUCAGUGAAAUUCAUUUACUAACUGAAGAUGCAACUGCAGUCUUCGAAAUUAUGAAAGUUGCUGUUGUCACCACCUUAGAUGUUCCAAUGGAACUGCUUCUACCAAUUAGAGUUGAGGUUGAUAUCAAGCUUGGUGGCACCCAGUGCAAUCUCAUUAUUAGCAGAUUAAAGCCAUGGUUGCAGCUUCACAUGUCCAAAAAGAAAAACCUUGUUCUUGUGAAGAAUAAGUCUCAGAAUGAGAAUUCUGAAACCAGUCAUGUUAAAUCCAUCAUGUGGACAUGUACUGUUUCAGCCCCAGAGAUGACUGUCGUCCUUUAUAGCCUUACUGGUUUGCCACUAUACCAUGGUUGCUCACAGUCAUCACAUCUGUUUGCAAACAACAUAGCAAGUAAGGGGAUUCAGAUACAUAUGGAACUUGGUGAAGUACAUUUGCACAUGGAAGAUGAAUACCAAGAGUGUAUAAAGGAAAAUGUGUUUGGAGUGGAUACUAAUUCAGGCUCCUUAGUGCACAUUGCACGGCUGAGUCUAGACUGGGGACAAAAGGAAAUUGAAUCUAAAGAAAAGCAAGAUCUAAGUAGGUGGAUGUUGGUAUUUUCUAUUGAUAUAAGUGGUAUGGGAAUAAAUUUUGGCUUUCAGCAUGUUGAGUCUCUUGUAUACAAUUUAAUGUCCUUUAGGAGCCUGAUUAAGUCCUUUUCAUCUUCUAGUAAAAGAGCUACAGAGUAUAAUGUAGGACACUUGGGCAAAAAUUCAGCCAAAGGAGCACCAAUAUUUAAACUAAAUCUUGAAAAAUGUUCUAUAAGUUAUCAUGGUGAGGUGAAUGUUGAUGACACCAUUGUUGCCGACCCAAAGCGUGUGAAUUUUGGUUCGCAUGGUGGUGAAGUACUAAUAAAUGUGUCUGCUGAUGGGACACCACGGAGAGCAAGCAUUAUUUCAAUGUUAACAAAUAAGAGCAAGAUUCUCAAAUUCUCUACAUCUCUGGACAUCUUCCAUUUCAGUUUAUGUGUGAAUAGAGAAAAGGAAUCAACCCAGGUGGAAUUAGAGAGAGCUAGAUCUUUCCAUAUGGAAUUUACUGAAGACCAUGAACCUGGUAAUAAGGUUUCACUGUUUGAUAUGCAAAAUGCAAAGUUUGUGCGGCGAACUGGUGGGCUUACUGAUGUUGCUGUCUGUUCCCUAUUUAGUGUAACUGAUAUUACUGCCAGAUGGGAACCUGAUGCACACUUAGCACUAUAUGAAAUUUUUACUCGUGUUAGAUGCCUGUUGCAAAAUAGCAAGCUCCAACACUAUGACAACGAUGUAAAGUUGUCAACUGAUACUUUGAAAGAGAUGGAAAGAGAAAAAAUGGCUACAAAAAACCAAGUACGAGCUGAAAAACAACCUAAAAAAAGGGAGGCAAUUUUUGCUGUUGAUAUUGAGAUGUUAAGAGUGUCUGCUGAAGUUGCAGAUGGCGUGGAAACAGUGAUCCAUGUGCAGUCUAUUUUUUCAGAGAAUGCCAGGAUAGGUGUUUUACUUGAAGGUCUUAUGCUUAGUUUUAAUAGCGCUAGGGUUUUUAAAAGCAGCCGCAUGCAAAUCUCAUGUAUCCCAGUUCCACCAAGUAACGUAUAUGAUACAAAGACACAACCUGUGAUCACAAGGGAUUGGGUUAUUCAAGGACUUGAUGUACAUAUUUGUAUGCCUUAUCGGUUACAGUUACGUGCUAUAGAGGAUGCUGUCGAGGAUAUGUUCCGGGGCUUGAAGCUUAUUACUGCUUCUAAAACCAGUCACAUUUCCCCUGUUAAGAAGGAUAAGUCAAAGACAACAAAGAUCAGAUCAGAAAAACUUGGAUCUGUCCGAUUUGUCAUACGUAAACUCACAGCAGAAAUUGAAGAAGAACCGAUACAAGGCUGGCUUGAUGAGCAUUAUCAUUUGAUAAGAAAUGAAGUUUGUGAGUCAGCUGUGCGGAUGAAGUUUCUUGAUGAAAUUCUCUCUUCUGUUAGCAAAAUUGUGGGGAAUAGUGAUCAGAGUGAUCUCAAUUCUGAAAGAAGAAUAGUUCAUAAUGGAGUCGAGAUUGAUUUAAAUGAUGUUUCAUCCAUUGAAAGAUUACAAGAAGACAUACAUAAGAAGGCAUUUAAAUCUUACUAUCUGGCAUGUCAGAAGAUAGUACAUGCAGAAGGAUCUGGCGCAUGUCACAGAGGCUUCCAAGCUGGUUUCAGACCAAGUAGUCGUAGAACUUCACUUCUAUCACUUUGUGCUACAGACUUGGAUGUAACUUUGACCAGAAUUGAAGGUGGUGAUCCUGGAAUGGUCCAAUUUAUAAAGAAGAUUGAUCCUGUCUGCUCAGAUAAUGAUAUACCAUUCUCCCGUCUCUAUGGAAGAGAGGUUGAUGUAAAUGCUGGAUCUUUGGUUGCCCAACUAAGAGAUUAUACUUUGCCUCUCUUUUCUGCCACUGCUGGGAAAUGUAAGGGACGUGUUGUGUUUGCUCAACAGGCAACUUGUUUUCAACCUCAGAUACAUCAAGAUGUAUUCGUUGGUAGAUGGCGAAGAGUGUGUAUGCUCCGUUCAGCCAGUGGCACAACUCCACCAAUGAAAAUGUACUCUGACUUGCCUAUAUAUUUUCAGAAAGGCGAAAUUUCUUUCGGUGUGGGUUAUGAGCCAGCUUUUGCUGAUAUUAGCUAUGCAUUUACUGUAGCCCUGCGCAGGGCUAAUCUUAGCAUCAGAAACCAGAGUUCCAAUUCAAAUGGUCGAAAUUCUUCAAAUGCACCACAUGCUACAAAUUUUGUUCCGGAGUCUCAGCCACCUAAAAGAGAACGUAGCUUGCCAUGGUGGGAUGAUAUGAGAUACUACAUCCAUGGGAAGAUUGUUUUGAAUUUUAAUGAGACUAGAUGGAACUUGCUUGCAACAACUAAUCCCUAUGAGGAGUUGGACAAACUUCAGAUUGUUUCUGAUUACAUGGAGAUCCAGCAAACUGAUGGGCAUGUUCUUGUUUCUGCAAAGGAGUUUAGAAUUUAUAUAAGCAGUUUAGAGAGUUUGUUGAAAAGUUGCAGUUUGAAACUUCCUCGUAGUGUCUCUAGACCAUUUAUUUACUCCCCUGCUUUCUCUCUUGAGGUGAUCUUGGACUGGGAAUGCGAGUCUGGAACUCCUCUGAAUCAUUAUUUACAUGCACUCCCCAACGAACGUGAACCUCGGAUGAAAGUAUAUGAUCCAUUUCGUUCAACUUCUCUUUCUUUAAAGUGGAACUUUUCUCUAAGACCAUUUCUGCUAGAUGGAAAUGCUACGUCUGGAUUUGGAGACAGUCUGAUACUGGAUCAAGCCAUCUAUGAUACAUCACAGAAGUUAGAGACUGUUGAUUUUCCACUUAUGAAUCUUGGAGCCCAUGACCUAGUGUGGGUAUUCAAAUGGUGGAACUUAAAUUACAACCCUCCUUACAAAUUACGUUCUUUCUCCAGAUGGCCACGUUUUGGAAUUCCUAGAGCUGCACGAUCUGGAAACUUGUCAUUAGACAAGGUUAUGACUGAGUUUUUCCUUCGUCUUGAUGCUACACCUACUUGCAUCAAACAUAUGCCUUUGGGUGAUGAUGAUCCUGCAAUUGGUUUAACUUUUAGAAUGUCAAAAUUGAAAUAUGAAUUAUAUUAUAGUAGAGGAAAGCAGCGAUAUACCUUUGACUGCAAGCGGGAUCCACUUGAUCUUGUUUACCGAGGUCUUGACCUUCAUAUGCUGAAGGCAUAUCUGAAUAGAGAUUGUAGUUCAUCUGCAGUUCAGGAUAUCCAAACAAAUAAGAGAGCUUUGCAUACUGUAACGACAGGUAAAGUCAAUGACAAAUGCAGUUAUCAACAUAAUUGUGCAGAGAGAAGUCGGGAUGAUGGUUUUCUUUUAUAUUCUGAUUACUUCACAAUACGAAGACAAGCUCCAAAGGCUGAUCCUGCAAGGCUAUUGGCAUGGCAAGAAGCUGGAAGAAAGAAUCUUGAGAUGACCUAUGUUAGGUCUGAGUUUGAAAAUGGUAGUGAGAGUGAUCACACACGAUCAGAUCCUAGUGAUGAUGAUGGAUUUAAUGUUGUAAUAGCUGACAAUUGCCAACGGAUAUUCGUAUAUGGCCUUAAACUCCUAUGGACACUAGAAAACAGAGAUGCUGUCUGGUCUUGGGUAGGUGGAAUAUCAAAGGCUUUUGAACCUCCAAAACCUUCUCCAUCUCGACAGUAUGCUCAGAGGAAGUUGACUGAAGAACAACAGAAGUUGGAUGAAUCUGAGGUUUCUCCCAGUGAUAACUUAAUCUCCUCCAGUUCUGCAACACAUUUAGCUGAUUCUCCUUCCAAACAAAUCGAGAUUUUGGACCCAAAUCCAUCAGCAUCUUCUUCUACUAAAAUUGAAUGCUUACAAUCUGAUAUAGUUGUAAAGCAUGGACACAUUGAUGACUCGGAGGAGAAGGGUAAACGCAACUUUAUGGUUAAUGUCAUUCAACCUCAAUUCAACUUGCACUCUGAAGAAGCUAAUGGUAGAUUUCUUCUUGCUGCUGCCAGUGGCCGUGUCUUAUCUCGUUCAUUUCAUUCAGUUCUUCAUGUUGGAUAUGAAAUGAUCAAACAAGCCCUUGGAACUAGCAAUGUAAAAAUUCCAGAAUCUCAGCCUGAAAUGACUUGGAAGCGAGCUGAGUAUUCUGUGAUGCUUGAACAUGUUCAGGCUCAUGUUGCACCAACAGAUGUUGAUCCAGGUGCUGGACUUCAGUGGCUACCUAAGAUUCUGCGAAGCUCACCAAAAGUGAAAAGAACUGGUGCUUUACUAGAAAGGGUAUUUAUGCCUUGUGAGAUGUACUUUCGCUAUACUAGGCACAAGGGUGGAACUGCAGAUCUGAAAGUGAAGCCGCUUAAAGAACUCUCCUUCAACUCUUCUAAUAUUACCGCAACAAUGACUUCACGCCAGUUUCAGGUCAUGCUGGAUGUUCUGAGCAAUCUUCUUUUUGCCAGGCCUCCAAAGCCUCGUAAAAGUAGCCUUUCUUAUCCAUCUGAUGAUGAUGAUGAAGAUGUUGAGGAAGAAGCUGACGAGGUGGUUCCUGAUGGCGUUGAAGAGGUGGAACUUGCAAAAAUCCACCUUGAAAAAACAGAAAGAGAGAGGAAGCUUCUACUUGAUGACAUUAGGACCUUAUUGGGAGAUUAUUAUUCUGAUCUGUGCUCUCAGGAAAAGAGUGGUGACUUGUGGAUGAUUACUGGUGGAAAGUCAGUGCUGGUGCAAGGACUGAAGAAAGAGCUAUUAAAUGUACAGAAGUCCAGAAAGACAGCAUCUUCUGCAUUGAGGAUGGCUUUGCAAAAAGCUGCACAACUACGUCUAAUGGAGAAAGAAAAGAACAAAAGCCCAUCAUAUGCUACGCGAAUUUCCAUGAGAAUCGAUAAGGUUGUCUGGACUAUGCUUGCAGAUGGAAAAUCUUUUGCUGAAGCUGAAAUCAACGAGAUGAUAUAUGAUUUUGAUCGAGAUUACAAGGAUAUUGGUGUUGCUCGAUUUACUACCAAGUCUUUUGUUGUGAGAAAUUGCCUGCCCAAUGCCAAGUCGGACAUGCUAUUAUCAGCUUGGAAUGCUCCUCCAGAAUGGGGAAAAAAUGUAAUGCUUCGAGUGGAUGCCAAGCAAGGUGCUCCAAAGGAUGGAAAUUCACCUCUUGAACUUUUCCAGGUGGAGAUCUAUCCAUUGAAGAUUUAUUUAACUGAAACUAUGUACAGAAUGAUGUGGGAUUACUUUUUCCCAGAAGAAGAACAAGAUUCACAAAGACGGCAGGAAGUCUGGAAAGUUUCCACGACUGCUGGUUCAAGACGUCCAAGGAAAAACUUUGGUGGCCUUGAAGGAGCUUCAACUAGCCAAUCUACAAGAGAAUAUGAGGCUUCAGGUAGACUGAGUGCAACUGCAGCUAUGUCGGCGAAUGUUGGGUCUACUCACACUGCUGUUCAUGCUGAUUCUUCUCAGGUCUCUAAGUUGCAGAGCUUAAAGGCAAAUAUGGUAUGUGGUUCAAAUCCAGAACUUAGGCGAACAUCUUCAUUUGAUAGAACAUGGGAAGAAAAUGUGGCAGAGUCUGUAGCCAAUGAGCUUGUUUUGCAAGUUCAAUCUUUGACUGUCUCCUCAAAAAGUGGGCCUCUUAACUCAAUGUCAGAAAAUCAGCACACAGCUAAUGAAACAUCCAGAAAUAAACCAAAAGACUCAAAGUCUGUUAAAUCAGGUCGUUUGUCUCAUGAGGAAAAGCGAGUAGGGAAAACUCAAGAUGAAAAAAGAGCUAGAGCCCGAAAAAUGAUGGAAUUUCAUAAUAUCAAGAUAAGCCAGGUUGAGUUACUCGUUACUUAUGAGGGAUCAAGAUUUGCUGUUAAUGAUUUGAGGCUGCUGAUGGACACUUUUCACCGUGUUGAUUUUACUGGCACCUGGAGGAGGCUAUUUUCGCGAGUUAAGAAACAUAUUAUCUGGGGAGUCCUGAAGUCAGUAACUGGCAUGCAGGGUAAGAAAUUCAAGGAUAAGGCCCAAAGCCACCGAGAGGUACAUGAGAAUUCUGUUCCUGAGAUUGAUCUUAACUUCAGUGAUAGUGAUGGAGGUCAGCCUGGAAAAUCUGAUCAGUUCCCUAUAUCUUGGCUUAAGCGGCCAAGUGAUGGGGCUGGUGAUGGUUUUGUCACUUCCAUCAGAGGGCUUUUCAAUUCUCAGCGGCGCAAAGCUAAAGCAUUCGUGCUGAGAACUAUGAGAGGUGAUGCAGAAAAUGACUAUCAUGGUGAGUGGAGCGAGAGUGAUGUUGAGUUCUCUCCAUUUGCCAGACAAUUGACCAUAACAAAAGCUAAGAAGCUUAUAAGGCGGCACACUAAGAAGUUCCGGUCAAGAGGACAAAAGAAUUCAGGGUUGACACUGCAACGUGAUUCAGUCCCAUCGACUCCAAGAGAAACCACACCUUUUCAAAGUGAUUCCUCUGGUGCAUCUUCUUACGAGGACUUCCAUGGGUAGAGCAACCACACCCUCUACUGGUUUGUGUCUUUCACUUAAGAUUGUAAAGCAAUUGGCCAGAAGCAUGGUUGAACAGAUCAAAAGUGGCAGAACUUGAACUCGCUGUGUUAUUUAAAGUUCAAAUCAAACUGUGGCCUACGACCCUGACAAUAAUUAAUUGCAUGGCCUUGUGGGAAGCUACAGAAUGUUCUUCAUUCGGCAAAGGUUGGAAGUCUGCUUCCAUGCUAAUUUCUUUGAGAUGAUGCAGAAAGCUUCAUAUUGUACAUACUAGUGAGUUUUAUUAUUUUGUUUCUGUUAUGUACCUAUGUAUUCUUAUGCCUCUUCUGUAUAGAAGUAGACAGUGUUUAGAAACUACAUGAUUUUGUAGACAUAACUGUUACCAUUCAAUCAGCAUAAUCUUCUACAUUAUAGGUGGUGGGAUGAGUAGUUAAUUUUCAGAACAAUUCUAAACCAUAGUGUUUUGCCACUAGCGUAAGUUUUGAAUGGGAAAAUCAUAAGUUCGAGGA